AUGCAAUCGCGGCGGGAAUCUGCGAUUGAAGAUCCAAACUUCUUAACAACAACGGGAACAGAAUUGCCAACGUUAUCGACAUCCGGAGUUUCUGGAAAUAAUGCAAGAAGGAACAGUAGAAGAGAAAGUAUUGGGGCAUCUACAGCACGUACAUCGGCGAAUUCACUAGCACAACAAAACACACUGAAUUCUCAAAGAACAACCGGACAACCACAACGACCUCCACCAGCGGUAUGGCGACCAACUAUUCGAAUCAGACGAAUACCAUCAACGGCCAAUCUUUCUGCUGGAAAUUCGCAGAUUAAUCAACCUUAUGACAAUACGUCUCGGAGAGAUUGGCAGACCCGCAAUAACUCAACUCCACACGUUGAUAAUCAUCUCACAUCAGUCGACGAUACUAUUGAUACAUCGAACAGGCGUCGAAGUAGUUCUGAGCCACAACGCCCAGCAUGGUUAAGCUCUCAAUCAGCUACAACCGCCGGUCCACCACGAGUGAGGGCGGGUUCAUAUAUUCCGUCUACCAUUGAGGAGGCUUCUGCAACAAAACAAGAAGGUCCAAUUUUUGCUUCAAUUAAUACCGGUGGAAAUAAUACGGCAAAUGAAGUCCCUCCUCCUCUACAACAUUCUCAUACCCAUAGUGAAGGGGUCCCAAGAACACAAGAUGAAUACGACACUGAUCUUGUUGAUUUCCUUGAUCUAGUUGAUCCCGAAAUUUCCACGUUGACAAGUCUUACUAAUAUUCAAAACUCUUUAUUUAUUCCAUCACUUGGAAACCUAUUUAACCGUAAUCCAACAUAUAAUCUUACCCGAAAUGAACUUAUCCGUCGACCAACCAAUGAUCUGGCUCGUCAGCAAACAAAUAGUCUUUCUCGUCGUCCAACAAACUUGGCGGAUCUUCCGACAAUAGAAGAGCCUGGGCCAAAUGACGAAUUAGGACAAGCUCUCCCUCGCCCAGGAAGGCCUCGACUUCAAAGUAGAGAUACUGGUGCUUUUACUCUCACUGAAUCCAUAUCACAUCCAGAUGAGGAACAUCCUCAUUAUGCCGUAGUCCCGGAAGGCAUUAAUUUGGAUGGUUGGUCACCAGAGGAUAAAGAAGAACUUAAUGAUCAUGUGCGUCAUCUAUUACAUUCAAGAAGAGAAGGAUUCAAGCGAGCAAUGAAAGGAUUUGGACAAUAUGUUAGAAAGCCUCUCGGAUUCUUCGUUACCCUAUAUGCAACUCUUAUUACCCUAUUUGGAUUGGCAUGGGUUCUUUUUCUGAUUGGUUGGGUUAAUGUUGGAAGUAAACGUCUAUAUGUGAUCAACGUUAUUGACAAUGUUCUUGUUGCACUUUUUGCUAUUAUGGGUGAUGGACUUGCUCCAUUUCGGGCUAUCGACACUUACCAUAUGAUAUACAUCGCCCACUAUCAUCACCUAACAUGGCGACUUCGCAAAGAAAAGGCUCUACCAAAAUUGGAAGAUCAUAACGAUUUACCAGCAAUAUUACCAGAAGAUCUAGAAGAUCAGAUUGUCGAAGAUGAAGUAUCAGUUCUUAAUCCAGCUCAACAAAAGAAACUUCAACAUCAUCAAAAGAAAUUCAACCGAUCUCAUACGUUCUAUAAGCCUCACGAAACUAACACACAUCACGCAUUUCCUCUUAGAUUACUUGUCGCCGUUGUCGUUCUUCUGGAUUGUCAUUCUCUUCUUCAAAUAGCUCUUGGUACAUGUACUUGGGCAAUUAGUUAUAAGACUAGACCAUUUGCAUUAACUACAGUUAUUCUAUGCUGCAGUAUCACAGUCAAUAUAACAGCUGGUGUACUUAUCAGUAUCGGAGAUCAUAGAACUAGAAAGAAGGAUGUUUUGGAAAGAAUGUUUAAGCAAGAUCUGACCAAAGAGGCUAUUCAUAAGAUGGAGAAGGCUAGAGAAAAGGAAAAGGAAAAAAAUGGUGAACUGGAGGCUGAAAAUAAAGCAGAACUUGAUUUCCUAAGGGACAACAGACAAAAUACUAAAAGGGAAAAGAAGGGGACAGGAAUCGAAGUUCGGGAUGAAAAUGGACAAAGUGACACUACGACUUAG